AUGAAGAUGAGCGUGUGCGGGGGCUACGACGUCGCCGGUGACAGCGCAGGAGGCGGUUGCCCGCACCAGCACGGCAAGUGCCUGGACGGCGAGGAGAUGCACCUCGGCAUGUGUUACAAAAAGUGUUCAGACUUGACCAAAGGCAAGUACAAGCACCGCGUGGCCGCGUCGACGUGCUGCAACACCGCCGGCUAUCACUGUUUCGGCAUGGGGAGACUUGCAUAUCCUCCUUUUCCUUCCCCUCAUCGUUCCUUCUCGCCCUCAUUUCUCGUGCCCUCGCCAGUCGGUAACAACACCAUUUGCGCCCGAAGCCUCCCCUGA